UGGUACGAGCCGACUGUGGAUGGUGGAAGCCGCUUGUCAUUCCUCGGCAUUCCCUCCAGCCUCCAGCCUGCUGCACUGCUCUCCACUGCAAGCGCGCACGGACUCAGCACUACAGCACACGGACGCUAUUCGCCCUCCAGCUCUCCGCAGUAAAACACACGGCUCGUCUUAUCCAUGCGCACUGUUCUCUCUCUCCUGCGCUCGCUCUCUUUCUCUCCUAUGCGGCGCCCUGGACAUUUUCCCUCCUGAUCAUUUUCCUAACGGGAGAUCAUGAUGAUGAGACACCGAUAUUAAGAGCAUAACACCUUCCGGAAAAGCGAUCGCAUCAUCGCAACCUGCAAGACGCUGGAUAGACGCCUUCUUCUUCAGCAAUGAAUCGUACGGACUGAACUGGCUUCUUUCCCUCCAUUUGAUGUUGAGAAAAGAGACAAGGUUGCCAUGGAAGUGAAAGAACGCAGACCCUACCGCUCCUUGACCUCCAGGCGGGACACGGAGCGCCGCUACACCAGCUCCUCAGCUGACAGCGAGGACGGCAAGCUCAACCCCAAGUCCUACAGCUCCAGCGAGACCCUCAAAGCUUUUGACCAGGACUCCAGACUGGCCUAUGGCAGCCGGGUCAAAGACGUGGUGCACCAUGAAGCUGACGAGUUCAGCAGGCAAGGGACGGACUUCUCUCUCAGAGACAUGGCUUUUGGAGAUCCCAUGCCGCCCCAUAUGGCAGCAUAUAGGACAGAAAUGGGCCUCCCUCACCGCGACUACUCUGUGAGCGUGGGAUCAGACGCUGACACAGAAACGGACGGCAUCAUGUCCCCUGAGCACGCUGUCCGACUCUGGGGCCGUAGCAACACCAAAUCCGGCCGCAGCUCCUGCCUUUCCAGCAGAGCCAACUCCAACCUCACCCUUACUGACACCGAGCAUGAAAAUACAGAAAACGGUCCUCCUCUUCAUUGCUCAUCUGCCUCCUCUUCCCCUGUCGACUCUCCUUACCCUCCCCCUUCCCAUGCAGCCAAUCAGAGCAAGGGAAGGUUGCUAGGUAACAGUGGGGCUCAGGCCGGCCAGGACUCUGAGUCAGAAGAUGAGUUUGGCCCCAAUUUGUUCUUAGUUAAAACCGGCUCAGGGAACGUCGGCGCUCCAGCCACUGCAACUCCUAACGAGGUCUCGUUCCAGAACCACUCUCGAUUGCGGACGCCACCGCUGCCCCUGUCACACUCUCACUCCCCUAGUCAGCACCACGCCUCCUCCAUUGGCUCUCUGAGCCGCAGCAACUACACCCAGCGCAGUAACCCAAGCCCGGCACCCACCGAUAGCUCGGCUCCCAAUGAGGGUCCUACAAGUGCCCAGGACUCAGGCAGUGCCCAGGACAACUGGCUUCUCAACAGCAACGUUCCCCUAGAGACCAGGAGCCAGAAUACUCUAAUGUUUAUCAGAGAAGAACAGGACGCUUGCAGAGAGGGGCAUGGGUCGUACAACACAAGAAACAUAGCAAAGCAGACAUUCCUAGAGACUUUACAGGACAACUUUAUAGAGAUGGACAUUCUGGCCACAGCUCGCCGCGACGGGGCUUACACUGAUGGACACUUUCUGUUCAAGCCUGGCGGGACUUCGCCCUUGUACUGCACGACUUCACCUGGCUACCCUUUGACGUCCAGCACGGUCUACUCUCCCCCUCCCCGGCCCCUGCCGCGGAACACCUUCUCACGGCCUGCCUUUAGCCUGAAGAAACCCUAUAAUAACUGCAACUGGAAAUGUGCCGCCCUUAGUGCCAUCCUCAUCUCCGUCACCCUGGUGUUCUUGUUGGCUUACUUCAUUGCCAUGCACCUCUUCGGACUCAACUGGCAUUUGCAGCCAAUGCAGAGGCAGAUAUAUCAGCUGACGGAAGACAACACAAGUGGCCUACAUCUGCCUACAGAUCUGGGCUUGCCGCCUCUGGGCAACACAGGUCUAGAGUUUCCGGACAGAGGAAGCAAAGAUGACGGUAAACUAGAUGGCUUUUUCCCGGAGGACAGCUUCAUAGACAUGGGUGAGAUAGACGUGGGCCGCAAAGUCGCCCAGCUGAUCCCGCCUGGAAUCUUCUGGAGGUCACAGGUCUUUAUCGACCACCCCAUGUACCUCAAAUUCAAUGUGUCCCUCAGUAAAGAUGCCUUGGUGGGGAUCUACGGGAGGAGAGGCCUACCCCCGUCACAUACACAGUUUGACUUUGUGGAGCUGUUGGAUGGCCGUCGACUCCUGUCGCAAGGGUUGCCAGGCCUUGAGGGUCCGCCUUUUCCAGCCCAGCAGCGGAGCCUGAUGCCACUCACCAGUCACGAUACAGGCUUUAUACAGUACAUGGAUUCUGGCAUCUGGCACUUGGCUGUGUACAAUGAUGGGAAGGAGACGGAGCAGGUGUCCUUUCUCACAACUGCGAUCGACUCCAUCGAUGACUGUCCUAGUAACUGUUUCGGAAAUGGAGACUGUGUGGCCGGAAACUGCCACUGUUUUCCUGGCUUCAGAGGACCCGACUGCAGCAGGGCGUCCUGUCCAGUGCUUUGCAGUGGGAACGGUCAGUACCUGAAAGGCCGCUGCAUGUGUCACAGCGGUUGGAAAGGAUCCGAAUGUGAUGUUCCCACCAACCAGUGCAUCGACAUUACCUGCAGCGGACAUGGCACGUGCAUUGUGGGAACUUGCAUCUGUAAUCCCGGCUACAAAGGGGAGAACUGCGAAGAAGUGGACUGCCUGGACCCGACCUGCUCAGGGAGAGGGGUCUGUGUGCGCGGAGAGUGCCAUUGUUUUGUAGGCUGGGGAGGUCCUGGAUGUGAGAGUCCACGUGCUUCCUGUAUGGAGCAGUGCUCUGGACAUGGGACUUUCUUGGCUGAUACCAACACCUGUAACUGUGACCCCAACUGGACCGGUCACGACUGCUCCACAGAGCUGUGCGCAGCCGACUGUGGUGGACAUGGCAUCUGCGUGGCGGGCAGCUGUCGCUGCGACGAGGGCUGGAUGGGAGCCGGGUGCGAACAACGAGCUUGUCACCCACGCUGCAGCGAGCACGGGACCUGCAAGGACGGGAAGUGUGAAUGCAGCCCCGGAUGGAACGGAGAACACUGCACUAUAGAGGGCUGUCCUGGUCUGUGCAAUGGCAACGGCAGAUGCACGCUGGGUAAUAAUGGCUGGUACUGCGUUUGUCAGCUUGGCUGGCGGGGAGCAGGCUGUGACACAUCAAUGGAGACGGCAUGCAGUGACGGCAAGGACAAUGACGGAGAUGGGUUGAUGGACUGUAUGGACCCAGAUUGCUGUUUGCAGACAUCAUGCCACACCACUUCUCUGUGUGUGGGCUCUCCUGAUCCACUGGAUAUUAUCCAGGAAACCCAGAUCUCUUCCACUCUGAGUACUCUGCAGUCCUUUUACCAGCGUGUCCGCUUCCUGGUGGGCCGGGACAGCACCCACGUCAUCCCUGGCACCAACCCCUUCGAUGGCACUCAUGCCUGUGUUAUCCGGGGACAAGUGGUGACUUCAGAUGGGACUCCGUUGGUUGGUGUAAAUAUCAGCUUCAUUAACAGACCAGCCUAUGGGUAUACCAUCACCAGACAGGACGGCAGCUUUGACCUGGUGAGUAACGGGGGUGUGGCUGUAGCCCUGAGGUUUGAGCGCGCUCCGUUCAUCACUCAGGAGCACACCUUGUGGUUGCCGUGGGGACGCUUCUUUGUCAUGGACACCAUCGUGAUGAGACAUGAGGUCAAUGACAUCCCCAGCUGUGACCUGAGCAGCUUCACCCGUCCCAUGCCCAUCGUCCUGCCUGCCCCGUUGACAGCAUUCGCAGGGACCUGCGUCGAGAGGGGCAACAUCGUUCCAGAGAUCCAGACCCUCCAGGAGGAAGUGCGGAUCCCAGGUACAGAUGUGCGUUUGAGUUACCUGAGCAGCCGGACAUCGGGGUACAAGUCCCUCCUGCGGAUCACCCUGACCCACUCCACCAUCCCCUUCAGCCUGAUGAAGGUGCACCUCAUGGUGGCCGUCGAGGGUAGGCUCUUCAGGAAGUGGUUCUCAGCUACACCCAACCUCUCCUACGACUUUGUCUGGGACAAGGCCGAUGUCUACAGCCAGAAAGUGUAUGGGCUGUCUGAGGCUUUCGUGUCGGUGGGCUUCGAGUAUGAAUCCUGUCCGGAUCUGAUCCUCUGGGAGAAGCGAACAGCCAUCCUGCAAGGAUACGAAACCACUGCAUCCCACCUGGGCGGCUGGAGCGUGGACAAACAUCAUGCUCUAAAUAUCCAAAGUGGUAUCCUGCACAAGGGUAACGGCGAGAACAUCUUCAUUUCCCAGCAGCCCCCUGUCAUCGGAAGCAUCAUGGGUAACGGGCGAAGGCGCAGUAUCUCCUGUCCAAGCUGCAACGGGCUUGCGGACGGAAACAAGCUGCUCGCACCUGUAGCUUUAGCCUGUGGGUCGGAUGGUAGUCUGUAUGUGGGGGAUUUCAACUACCUCCGUCGGAUCUUCACCACGGGAAAUGUCACGAGUGUCUUGGAGCUCAGCAAUAGUCCUGCACACAAAUAUUACCUGGCUACUAGUCCUGUUUCGGAGGCUCUGUAUCUUUCGGACACCAGCAGCAGGAAGGUGUUUAAAGUAAAAUCUCUGAACACAGUGAAAGAUGUGGCAAAGAAUCUAGAGCUGGUGGCCGGCACAGGCGAUCAGUGUCUACCCUACGAUGAGACUCGCUGCGGGGACGGAGGCAAGGCUGUGGAGGCCACACUUAACAACCCUAGAGGCAUUACUGUGGACAAGUAUGGCGUGAUCUUCUUUGUAGACGGCACCAUGAUCCGCCGCAUCGAUCAGAACGGGAUCAUAUCCACCCUGCUGGGCUUCAACGACUUGACCUCAGCACGACCCCUGAGCUGUGACUCGGUGAUGGACAUCUCGCAGGUGCGUUUAGAAUGGCCCACUGAUCUGGCGGUGAGCCCGAUGGACAAUUCGCUUUAUGUUCUGGACAACAAUGUAGUUCUGCAGAUCUCAGAGAACCAUCAAGUCAGGAUUGUAGCAGGGAGGCCAAUGCACUGCCAGGUUCCCGGCCUAGAUCACUUCCUAGUCAGUAAAAUCGCCAUCCACGCCACCUUGGAAUCUGCCAACGCUCUUGCCGUCUCCCACAAUGGCUUGCUUUACAUCUCUGAGUCGGAUGAGAAGAAGAUCAACCGAGUCCGUCAGGUCUCAACCAAUGGAGAGAUCUCUCUGCUCGCUGGCGCCCCCAGUGGCUGCGACUGCAAGAACGACGCUAACUGCGACUGCUACUCGGGCGACGACGGCUACGCCAAAGAUGCCAAACUAAACGCACCCUCCUCAUUAGCGGUUUCACCCGAUGGAGAACUCUUCAUCGCCGACCUGGGUAACAUACGCAUCCGAUAUGUCAGGAGGAACAAAGCGUUCCUCAACCCGCUCAACAUGUAUGAGGUUUCCUCACCCAUCGAUGACGAACUCUACCUGUUUGACGUGAACGGGAGUCACAUCUACACUCAGAGCCUGACCACUGGAGACUACCUGUACAACUUCACCUACUCUGGCGAUGGUGACCUGAGCAGCAUCAUGGACAAGAAUAAAAACAAAGUGACCAUUCGUAGAGACACGACGGGAUUGCCGCUCUGGCUGAUGGGUCCUGAUGGCCAGACGUUCUGGUUCACCAUUGGAACUAAUAAUGCACUGAAGAGUGUUGCUGCCCAGGGUCAAGAGCUUGCCAUGAUGACUUAUCAUGGAAGCUCAGGUCUGCUGGCCACGAAAAGCAAUGAAGACGGAUGGACUACCUUCUACGAGUAUGACAACUAUGGACGGCUGACAAACGUGACUUACCCCACAGGCAGGGUGAGCAGUUACCGCACUGAUACAGACAGUACUGUGCGAGUCCAAACCGAGGGAUCCAACAAAGAGGACGUCACGGUCACCACAAACCUCUCGGCCUCAGGAACCUUCUACACACUCAUGCAAGAUCAAGUCAAAAACAGUUACUACAUUGGUUUGGAUGGCUCCUUGCGUCUGGUAUUGGCCAAUGGUAUGGAAGUGUCUCUUCACACGGAGCCUCACCUGCUGUCAGGAACAGUCAACCCGACCAUAAGCAAGAGAAAUGUCACUCUGCCCAUCGACAACGGACUCAACCUGGUCGAAUGGAGACAACGGAAAGAACAGGCACGGGGACAGGUCACAGUGUAUGGACGCAGACUCAGGGUUCAUAACAGGAACUUGUUAUCCAUGGAUUUUGACCGAGUAACCAGGACUGAGAAAGUCUAUGAUGACCACAGGAAGUUCACCUUGAGGAUUCACUAUGACCAAGCAGGAAGACCCACUUUGUGGGCUCCAAGUAGUCGGCUAAAUGGUGUCAAUGUCACCUACUCACCAGGUGGCCACAUCGCAGGCAUCCAAAGGGGCACUAUGUCAGUCCGAAUGGAAUAUGACCCAAAUGGGAGAAUCACCUCAAAGACAUUUGCAGAUGGAAAGUCAUGGAGCUACACCUACCUUGAAAAAUCCAUGGUGCUUCUGCUAUACAGUCAGCGACAAUACAUCUUCGAGUUUGACAAGAACGAUCGCCUCUCUUCAGUAACAAUGCCCAAUGUAGCCAGACAGACCUUGGAGACCACCCGUUCCAUCGGCUAUUACAGAAACACAUACAAGCCACCUGAGGGCAACGCCACAGUUUUGCAAGAUUACAGCGAAGAUGGACUGCUCCUGCAAACCAUCCACCAAGGAACGGGGCGUAGAGUCAUUUACAAGUAUGGGAAACUCUCCCGCCUGCUGGAAAUCCUUUAUGAUACAACACGGAUUGCCUUUUCUUACGAUGAAUCUGCAGGCAUGCUGAAAACGGUGGGGCUUCAAAGUGAAGGCUUUGCAUGUACCAUACGCUACCGGCAGAUCGGACCACUCAUCGACAGACAAAUCUUUCGUUUCAGUGAGGAGGGCAUGGUGAAUGCUCGGUUUGACUACAACUAUGACAACAGCUUCCGAGUCACCAGCAUGCAAGCCGUCAUCAAUGAAACCCCCUUGCCUAUUGACCUAUAUCGCUACGAUGACGUGUCAGGUAAAACUGAGCAGUUUGGCAAGUUUGGAGUCAUCUACUAUGACAUUAACCAGAUCAUUACCACAGCUGUCAUGACUCACACCAAACACUUUGAUGCCUAUGGACGAGUUAAAGAGGUGCAGUAUGAGAUUUUCCGUUCGCUUAUGUUCUGGAUGAUGGUACAGUAUGACAACAUGGGGCGAGUGGUGGCCAAGGAGCUUAAAGUAGGGCCUUAUGCAAAUACCACCCGUUAUGCCUACGAGUAUGAUGCUGAUGGCCAACUCCAGGUGGUGUCCAUCAACGACAAGCCUCUUUGGCGCUACAGCUAUGAUCUGAAUGGAAAUCUGCACCUCCUUAGUCCUGGUAAUAGUGCCAGACUUACACCGCUACGCUAUGACAUUCGGGACCGCAUUACUCGAUUAGGUGACGUGCAGUACCGGUUGGACGAGGAUGGAUUUCUCCGGCAGAGAGGCAAUGACUUCUUUGAGUAUAACUCUGCUGGGUUGCUUGUUAAAGCCUACAACAAAGUUAACGGAUGGACCAUCAAGUACCGGUAUGAUGGCUUGGGCAGGAGAGUGUCCAGUCGAAGCAGCCAAGGCCACCAUCUGCAAUUCUUCUACGCAGACUUGUCCAGUCCCACCAGAGUCACGCACAUGUAUAAUCACUCAAGCUCAGAGAUCACCUCGCUCUACUAUGACCUUCAGGGCCACCUCUUUGCUAUGGAAUUGAGCAGUGGAGAUGAGUUCUACGUGGCCUGUGACAACAUUGGUACACCGUUGGCUGUAUUUAGUGGUGCCGGUCUCAUGAUCAAACAGAUCCUGCACACAGCUUUUGGGGAAGUGUAUUUGGACUCCAACCCAAGUUUCCAGCUAGUUAUAGGCUAUCAGAGUGGCCUUUAUGAGCCCCUUACAAAGCUUGUCCACAUGGGACGCAGAGAUUACGAUGUUCUUGCAGGCCGAUGGACCACUCCUGACCAUGAUGUUUGGAAGCGACUCAACAGCAACAACAUUGUGCCCUUCAACCUCUACAUGUUUAAGAACAACAACCCACUGAGCAACAACCAAGAAACCAAGUGCUACAUGACAGAUGUUAACAGCUGGCUAGUGACAUUUGGUUUCCAGCUAUACAACGUCAUCCCUGGCUACCACAAACCUGCCAUGGACACCAUGGAGCCUUCUUAUGAGCUCAUUCACACUCAGAUGAAGACUCAGGAGUGGGAUAGCACCAAGUCCGUUCUUGGGGUACAAUGUGAAGUCCAGAGGCAGCUGAAGUCUUUCGUCCGGUUGGAGCGGUUCGACCAGAUCUACGGGUCGAGUGAUUCUGGUUGCCCUCAAACCCCUCUCCGCACACUCUUCGCCACUGGGGCCUCGCUCUUCGGAAAAGGUGUGAAAGUAGCCAUCCGGGAGGGACGUGUUACUGCAGACAUCAUUAGCCUGGCCAACGAGGAUGGGCGGCGGAUAGCGGCGGUCCUAGACAAGGCCACCUACCUACAGGAUUUACACUUCACCAUCGCAGGUUUGGACACGCACUACUUUGUCAAAUCGGGACCAGUAGAGGGCGAUCUGUCUCUGCUGGGCAUGACGGUGGGCCAGCGCACACUAGAGACGGGUGUGAACGUAACUGUCUCGCAGGUCAACACCGUCCUUGGCGGUCGCUCGCGCCGCAUAACCGACAUCCAGCUACAAUACGGUAUGCUCUGCCUCAACGUCCGCUACGGCAGCAGCCAGGAUGAAGAGAAGGUCCGUGUGCUGGAGCUCGCGCGUCAGAGGGUCGUCGUGGCCGCCUGGGCUCGUGAACGACACCGGCUACGGCAUGGUGAAGAGGGUUCUCGUGCUUGGACGGACGGGGAGAGGCAGCAGCUCCUGAGUACCGGACGCGUUCAGAGCUACGAGGGCUUUUACAUAGUAUCAGUCGACCAGUUCCCCGAGUUGGCCGACAACGUAAAUAACAUCCAGUUUUUGCGACAGACUGAGAUGGGUCGCAGGUGACAUGAACGCGAGGGGAACCAAUGCUCGGACUCAGCGUCCAGGACUUCUUGCCAAAGACAAGUUGCGUUUGUGACCAUAUUAUGUUACUUUAUUUUUAUGUUGACUGUGCCAGACUUAUUUUUUUAAUACAUGAUGUACAUGGUGUCGACUGUCGACAACAGCAGAGUGCCCUUCUCUCUUUUGGUAAUUCUUAAACCCCCUUUGCCCCUUAAGUGUGGCUGCUAGAAGACGGCAUAUGGCAGUGUCAGCA